GAGAGAUUCAAUUGUACCAUGGAUUAUGAGGAUGGUUAUCAAGUUUCAUCCAUUUGACGGUAACCAAUCUUAUCUAUCGGGUAAUACUUUUGCAAGAUUGGAUUGAAGAGGAGGUGAGCAAUCAAUGGAAAGCCCUCUAGGUGUAUUUCCAAUUGACAAUGAGAUCUCAGCUGGAUCCUAUUAUUGAGAAGAUGAAGAAUCUAUCGGAAGCCCUCGAGAUGCAUCUCCUCAACAAAGUAGCAAAGGGUCAACUAAAGGCCAAACUGGUCAAUAAAUUUGCCUUGUUCUCCACCAUAUUUUUUCUACUGAAUACAGAGUUAAGUUCAAAAUAUGAUAGAAGAGGAGUCAUAACACAGUUAUUGAUGAUUAUUGGCCUUGGCCUGUUAACACAUUCAAAGAGUUGGAGUCAAUUUAAAAUUCUUCAUGGAAGGAGCAGCUGCAUGGUAAAUUCAACAUCAAACUUCAUCUUCUUUAUUAUAGCACUUCUUUUUGCAAAAUUUUACGAGAAUUCCUUGAAGGGCCUUAGUGCUGUGUUGUGCGUCUCAGUUUUUCUUCUAUGUGUACUAGUGGUAUUACGACCGCAAACAAACCGUAAGUUGUUUAGUUUUAUCAUUGGAAUCAUUGGAUCUAUUACUUACAACUGCUAUGAGUUGAAGUUUCCCACAUGGAUAAUUACUUCCAUCCAUUUUGUGUUGUUCAGUUUCAAGAGCUAGUUAAAUAAGUGUUGGUUGGAUUUGGAAGAAAAUCCUGGUACAAAUACCACACCUGAAAGUGUUAGUGUGUUUUUUAUUUUUUCAUCAACUGCUAUAUAUUUUGCACAUAGUAUCUUCAUGUCUUCUAAUGUCAAAUCUCCCUUAUUGGACUAUAAAAACUGGUUAGUUAC